CCUGUUUCGGCUGCCAGAUCGACUUACAAGGGCAGCGAGCCCGCGACGAGAUCGCCGCGCAGGAGAGGGGACUCGGAGGACGCCAAAGGAAGGCGAAGCUCAAGAGAAACCGACGCGGAUGAUCCUGAAUUUAGACCACAGGACUUGGUGGAGUUUCUGGGGCGGCAAAGCGGCUUUCAAGCUCCCGUGGACAAGAUGAGAGAUAUUUUCUCUUGGCAAGUGAAUCGGGCAUUAGCAAACCUCCCUCAUAUCUUUUGUAUAAAGAAUGACAGGAUGAAGUUGCGGCCAAAGGUCAGAGUCUGCUCUGCUUAUGCGUCGCGCAGUGGGUGCAUUGACCGGUCAUUAUGCUUUAAGAUUCAUAUCUGCUCCGGCUUUAUUUUUGGCGACUGUGAGUUGGAAAAUUGCAACAUGGGUCAUAGUUUGCGCACGAAUCAUAACAUCAAGGCGAUCCAAGCUUUUUAUCUAGGACGUUUAAGUGAUAGGCAGUUGUGUAAUUUUGUAAAAAUGAAUGAAGUGGCAUUGCGUAGGGAGACUACCCAACAGCAUCUCGACGUAUGUAGGGACUACAAUGAGGAAACAUGUAAUAAGAGCAGAAUUAAUGUAUGGUCUCACUCUCCUGAGGGAUCCCCCAAAAUUCCUGAGAUAUGCUACAAGUCAUUGUCACGGACUUGUACAGUUACUGGUUGCCCGAGACUCCACUCAAAGAUUCCUUUUCAUUGGCAAGUAACCAAAGAUUUGAACACUUGGUAUAACUUCCCUAAGGAGCAUGUUACUUUUCUGGAAAAACAUUUCUGCAAUCCUGAGAAUAACCUGACUCUCCUGAAACAAUUAGAUGAUUCCUGCCAUAAUGGAGGUCUAUUAUCACUAUUGAAACACUACAUUUGGGAAAUAGGCUUCACAUACAUGCAAUGGGUUAAUAACUGUGCAUAUAUUCCCAUUUUCUGUCAAAACAUGAAAUAUCACAUCCGGAGACUUUGCACCGAGAGAAAUCCAACACAGAACCUCAGAGAAAACAGAUUCAUUUGGUAUUUCCAAGAUGACUUGCAGAAAUGGUGUCCGUUCGACCAUCCUAACAUUAACAAACUGGAAGAUGCUUACGAAAAGAAUCCGAAAGGGAAUGUGACAAUAUGGACCAACGAAGCCAAGUACAGUGUGGAUUUCAGGAAAAUGAAUCAGAAAAAUUUAUUGACAAAGAGAAUCCGACAUAUAACGCGCAGACCAACUUCUUUUACAUGAUAGAGUGAGAGAGAGAAGGUGUAAAUAUUGGUGUAGGUGAUGUGUUAUAUGUGAUUCUAACUUAAGUAAUUUAUCGAUAUUGUUAGAAAACGGAACAGCAUUGGUUCUGCGCCUUAUAUUCUUGUUCUUCUUUUGUUUUGUUUUUUGAUUUUAGGAAAUACCCCGACGUUCCAUAGCAGGUGGUUCGACAGGCUAUCUCCACUGCUAGCUUUUUUUUGUAUUUUUUCUGCUCUACAAAUAGAAUUUCUUUAAUUGUGACAUUAAC